AUGCUCCUAGUUUCUCCCAAACCCAUCAACACAAUCACAAUCACCAUCAUGCUUGCCUUCACCUUCUUCCUCAUCUUCUUCUCCGGUUUCCUCCAUUUCCCUUCCGUGUCACCCUCUCUCCCACCCAUCCACGAAUCCUUCACGCUUCCCUCUACCAAUUCCUCCUCCGACCCCUUCACCGAUCUGCUUUCUUCUUUCAGGAAAUGGGAUUCGCGAGUGGGUUGUGCUGAAUUCAGAGAGAAAACAAAUGGGGUUUUGUUGAAUCAAUCAAAGGUUGUUUCUUUGCAAGAGUUUGGUGGUGGGUGUGGGGGGUUUGAGCUUAAUCAUGUUAGUGUUUUGGUGAAAGGGUGGACUUGGAUUCCUGAUAAUUUGGAUAAUUUGUAUUCUUGUCGGUGUGGGUUGAGUUGUUUGUGGACCAAAUCCAAUGUUCUUGCUGAUAAACCUGAUGCUUUGUUGUUUGAAACAUCUACGCCUCCAAUUCAGAGACGCGUGGGAGAACCACUUCGUGCGUACAUGGAUCUCGAAGCUGGUCGAAAGAGAUCAGGCCGAGAGGAUAUAUACAUUAGUUACCAUGCUGAAGAUGAUGUACAGUCAACCUAUGCCGGUUCCCUUUUUCACAAUGAACGGAACUAUCACGUCUCUGAUAAGAAAAACGGUGAUAUACUUGUUUAUUGGUCUUCGUCGCGGUGUCUUCCUCAAAGAAAUGAACUUGCCAAGAAACUCCUCGGCCUGCUACCUAGCCAUUCAUUUGGCAAGUGCCUAAACAAUGUUGGUGGUCUAGACAUGGCUCUUUCGUUCUUUCCGAAGUGUGAAAACGACGCAAAUACUAAACCGAAAUGGUGGGAUCAUUUACAUUGUGCCAUGUCUCAUUACAAGUUUGUUCUUGCAAUCGAGAACACUUUCACCGAGAGUUAUGUGACAGAGAAGUUAUAUUAUGCAUUGGACUCGGGUGCUGUUCCUAUAUAUUUUGGUGCACCAAAUGUCAUGGAUUUUGUUCCUCCACAUUCAAUAAUCAAUGGUAGAGAAUUCAAGUCAUUGGAAAAGCUGGCUUCGUACGUAAAGGCUGUAGCUAAUGACCCGGUAGCCUAUGCAGAAUACCAUGCAUGGAGAAGGUGUGGUGUAAUGGGUAACUAUGCGAAAACACGAUCUGUGAGCCUUGACACAUUGCCAUGUCGGUUAUGUGAGGCUGUUAGCAGAAAAGGUGGAAGAAGUGCAAGAAGCUAG